CCAUCACUAAAACCCUGUCUGUUCGCCAUCACCACCGGCGGUAACAAAAUGCAACUUCCGGCGACUAUCCGUUAUCUUUUCCGUCGUUACCGUUCGCCUUCAACUUCUCUCUAUUUCGUUCGAGCGGCUCACUACAAGCCUCAGAUGCCUCAACAGCCACCGGCUCCACCGAAACCGCCCAAACCGCCGAAGAAACCCACGAAUUUCACGCACAAUGAGGAAACUUGGGAGGAUCCUUACAGUUGGAUGUCAAGCCUCAACGACAAGGUAGCGAUGCGGCACAUGGACGUUUACAUGGAACAAGAGGAGAAGUAUACUGAAGCUGUCAUGUCGGAUACUGAAAAGCUCCAGUCAAAGCUUCAGACAGAAAUGGCAUCUCGAAUUGCCUCUGACCUCUCCACUCCUCCUCUCAAAUGGGGUUCAUGGUUGUAUUACAGAAGAGUUGAGGAGGGGAAACAAUACCCAGUCUUGUGUAGAAGAUUGGCUAGCUUGAAUGAAGAAUUCAUUUCUCAGAAAUCUCCUUCAGCUGGGUUUGAUUUCACCACAGGGAAGAAAAUUGAGCAAAAACUGGUUGAUUACAAUCUAGAAGCUGAAAGAUUUGGAGGUUAUGCCUAUGAAGAAUUAUCCGAAAUUUCUCCAGACCAUAGGCUUCUAGCCUAUACUUUGUACGACAAGGAUAACGAUUUCUUCAAGCUAUGUGUAAGAGAUUUGAAUUUCGGCUCCAUUUGUAACAAGCCUAAUGCCGAACGCGUUUCAAGUCUGGCAUGGGCAAAAAAUGGGGAAGCUUUGCUAUAUGUUGUCACCGAUCAAAACAAAAGGCCUUGUAGGCUAUAUUGUAGCAUGAUUGGAUCGAACUGCAAAGAUGAACUUCUCCUUGAAGAAACAUCUGACAAUGUUCACAUUGGUGUAAGACACACAAAAGAUUUCAAAUAUGUGACAGUGAACAUUUCUUCUCCUAUGUCAUCCCAGGUAUUCUUGAUUAAUGCAGCAAAUCCGUUGUCUGGAUUGACAUUAGUAUGGGAAUGUGUGGCGCCUGCUAAUUGCAUAGUGGAGCACCAUCAAGGCUAUCUUUACCUUUUCACCGAUGCUGCCAAAGAUGGUCAUCCGGUUGAUAAUCAUUACCUUCUUAGUAAAGCUGUUCAAGAAUCAUUAACAGAAUGGAAAAAUGUUUUUGUUGAUGAUGGUGAUUUGAUUAUUGAUGAUGUUGAUUUCUGUGACACGCACAUGGUACUUAUUGUUAGGGAAGAUCGAAAGUUCAGACUUUGUUCCGUUCCUCUUCCUCUGCCUAAGGAGAAGGGAUCAAUUCGUCUUAAAGAACUUAAACCGGAUUUCUUGCCACUUCCUGAACAUGUUUCUCAGAUCUCACCUGGAACAAACUAUGAUUAUUAUUCUUCAAUAAUGCGAUUUACAGUAUCAUCACCCUUGAUGCCAGAUGCUGUAGUUGAUUAUGAUUUGUCAAAUGGGAAUUGUAAAAUUAUUCAGCAGCAAAACAUGCUUCGCGAAAGAACGAAAGCUUUGUAUGGGAACCCUUCUUUAGCUAAGAGCGAUGUGAUAUCAUCGAUUACUAUUUCUUCGGAGCCUGAAGAUGAUAGUCACUCGUGGAAUGACCUCUCCGAGUUUUACGCUUGUGAAUAUUAUGAUGUCUCUUCGUCUGACGGAACUACGGUUCCUUUGACCAUUGUAUAUUCUCGGGCAAAGAGAAAAGAGGCUCAAAAUCCAGGGUUACUUCACGUGCAUGGAGCCUAUGGUGAGUUACUUGAUAAAAGGUGGCGGAGUGAAUUAAAAAGCCUUCUCGAUCGUGGAUGGGUUCUCGGUUAUGCUGAUGUCAGAGGUGGAGGUGGUGGCGGUAAAAGUUGGCAUGAAGAUGGGAGACGUACCAAAAAGAACAAUUCCAUUAACGAUUACAUUGCAUGUGCCAAGUUUUUAAUUGACGAAAAACUCGUACAAGAAAAUAAUCUUGCUGGCUGGGGAUAUAGUGCCGGAGGACUUGUGGUUGCUGCCGCCGUAAAUUCUCUCCCAAGCUUAUUUCGGGCUGUUAUUUUGAAGGUUCCCUUUUUAGAUCCAAGCACCACUCUACUGCAUCCAAUCUUACCACUCAAUCCUGCUGACUAUGAAGAGUUUGGAAAUCCUGGAAACGUUGAUGACUUUCAGGCGAUACGAAAGUAUUCCCCAUACGAUAAUGUUCAGGAAGAUGUGCUCUAUCCAGCUGUUAUGGUUAGCUCUUCAUUCACCACAAGAUUUGGGGUAUGGGAAGCAGCUAAAUGGGUAGCACGAAUACGCGAACGCACUAUUUAUGAUCCGAAUCGCCCAGUGCUUUUGAACUUAACUGUAGACAUAGUCGAAGAAAAUAGGUAUAUGCAGUGUAAGGAGGCUGCAAUGGAGACUGCUUUUCUGAUCAAGAUGAUGAUGGAUCCUUAGAAGAUGAUUUUGUGUAUGUAUAUUUGAAUAAUGAAUUAUAUAUUACCUUUUGAUUCUUUUUGGUGUUAUUAUAAUGAUAAGAUGCAUUAUUAUCAA